UUCAUUACUCUUACACCUCCUGCAGGAGCAGCAAGAACUUCAUCACGUGCAAUUUUUCCAGCUCUCUGAAGCUUCAGCCACCUGGUCGAGUGCUUCUUUGUUCAAAUCUUGGGGAAAGCAACUAAACAUGGGAUCAAAAAUAUGGCUACUAAUGCUUAUGAUCAGUGUCAGUGCUUUAUCAACAGCAAAUGUCAUCUCCAAACCAAAGUGCUACCAGUGCACUGUGGAAGACAAUAGCCUGUGCACAGAUGAUUUCCUGCAGUCCUGCCCAGACGACCAAGCGUACGACAGAUGUAUGACGAUUAUAAAAAAAUCGAAGUCCAGUUUAAUCAUUGAGAAAAAAUGUGCAUUGGGUCCAUGUAAACUCCGUGAUCCUAAACAGAGCACUGGACUAGGACUUGACCACUGUGACCGAAGCAAGCCAGAAUACUCAUGUGUCCAGUGCUGUCAGGGUGAUGGUUGUAACAAGGAUGGGGUGGAUAGUAUCCAGCCCUCAUUUAUCGCUUUAUCCUUUUUACUCAUUCUAACAUUGGGGAUGUUUUUGUUUCUGUUUGGAUAAACAAAAAAUAAAAAUAAAAUAAGCCCUAUUUUGAUCAUAUAAUAAACAAAAAGAUAUCCAUAUGGAUGCCAAUGUGUAUUCCCACCUGUACCGCUAACUUCCCUUGGAGAACAUAUGAGAAUAUACACUGAAGUAAUUUACUAUAAUGAUGACCUGUAAUACUUGAAAAGAUUAGUUCCUGCUCUAAACCUUUUAAAAGUGUUGAUAAAUUUAAAUUGUUAAUUAUUACCCAUGCAUUCUAAACACUUCAUUUAAAGACAUGUUACCUUAACUUCCAUGUCUCCAAGGAAGUUUCAAAUCUAAUUCAUAUUUUUGUACUACAAAUGCAAAUUAAACUAAAAAAAAAAAAAGAA